GAUGUUUCACUCAAGCUUGCCGUAUUGGAAAAUUUGGUUCUAUCUGAUGAUCACCAGAAAAAAUGACAGCUCAAGUUUUUGGUAUCAAACUAUCUCUAAUUUGACUGUCAAAUGAAAAGCAAUACGCCCAGUCCAGAUGAACAGACCAUACGUUAAUGUUGAUGAAGAAUUGAAAACUGAACGGUCUCUUCAUUCCAAAUUAUCCGAGCUUUCAUGGUACCAUGGAAAGUUGUCACGUGAGCGAGCUGAAAGCUUAUUAUUGUCUAAAACAAACGGAAGUUAUCUAAUCCGAGAAAGCAGCUCAUACAGUAAAUCUGUUGUUCUGUCAGCUGUUUUUAACCAAGUUAUUGUUCACUAUCAAAUAUUGAGAGAUGUGUUUUGUGUGUUCUGUCUUGAUGAUAACAACCUUCAACCAUUCAUUGGACUAGAUUCUCUCUUGAAUUAUCUGAAAAAUCCUCAAAACAAGAGCAACAAAGACGCGCUGUUACCCCAAUCUCUUACUUCAUUCGUACCUGGGGAUGUAGCUCCUUUUGAUUAUCUUGCAUUCACUCCAAAUUCUUUACUACACGAGCAAUGCAAAUAUGGGGAUGUUAAAACAGUCCGUGCAAUUUUGUGCUCAUCGCAGUUUGAUAAAAAGAGCCUCAAUUGGCGAAAUCAAAGCGGCCAGACGGCUUUACACGUAGCUGCUAAAAGUGGCCACACAGAAAUUGUUCGUAUGCUUGUAAACUCAGGGGCUUUCAUCGAAAAUAUAAACAGUAGUGGAGAAACAGCCCUGCAUGUAGCUUGCAAAGAAGGCCAUUUUUCAGUAGUGACAGCCUUAAUUCAGCAUGGCGCUGCAGUUAAUGGGUUUUGCGUAUCCAGCAAGUCAACGUCUUUGCAUUUGGCUGCCAUCAACAAUCACUUCAAAAUUUUUGAGUGGCUUGUGCAGAAUAGAGCAGCUUUGUUUGCAGUGAACAAUGAGAGGAAGACGCCCCUGGAUUUGGGGAGGGAGAAAGGUCACUCGGACAUAGUAGAGUACAUUAUAUCACACAAGUUUCACCAGCCCAAGUUCACUCUCGACCAGUUCAUGCAUCCAGAAUUGUCACGAUAUCAAGCCCACGACAUUCUGAAGGACCACGGGAGUGAAGAUGGAAUGUUUCUGGUUCGUGGCAGCAAGAGGUGUCUGGGACCAGUUUUGUCCCUGAUGUCGAAGAACCACCUGCUCAACUACGAAAUACAGAAACGACUGUUCCAAAUUGGAGAGAAGGAAGUGGAGAUGUUUGCCAUAGACGACAGUCCAUUUUCCCCCUCCCUGGAACUACUGGUGGACUACUUCUCUUGUGAGAAGAGCAUGGCCUCUUUCAAACUCAGCAAACCAGUUGGGCCCAUACUCAGAGAGCCCCUCACCAUCGAUACCUCAAAUGGUGCACAGACGGAGAUGCUGAAAAGCGAGGAAACAGGGGCAGGCGAUAAUCUGAUGGCACAGAAUGCUGUGCUUAUUGCGCCUGAUGAACUCAUAUUCGGAAGAACACUUGGCCAGGGUGCCUAUGGAGAGGUGGUUGAGGCCAUGUGGACCAGAAAGGGAUCUCUGUCGCCCUCCUUCAACCAAGGAGACACCAUGACAGCUGCUUCCUCCGCCUGCAGUCCAGCGAGUGAACAUGUAGCAGUGAAGAAGAUAAUGGCGAUGAAAGACUCCAACUGCCAGAUCGAUUUCCUCUCUGAAGUGAGGGCUCUCUUCAACAUACACCACCCGGGCAUAGUGAAACUCAUUGGGAUCUCAUUUGGACCGCCUGUCAUGCUGAUAACUGAGUUGGUGUGUGGAGGCAGUCUGCUGGACUUCCUGAUAGACAGUGGGGACACUGUGACUCUGCAGCAGAUGGUGGCCUGGAGUGCCCAGAUAGCCAGACCCAUGGCAUACUUGGAGGCCAGGAAACUUAUACACAGAGACCUCGCAGCACGCAAUAUACUCCUCAAGUCCUACAAAAUGUGCAAGCUGUGUGACUUUGGACUGAGUCGGAUGGUGGGGGAGGGGAAGGAGUACUACGUGGCCACUAAGGGGGGCAAGUGGCCCCUGAGGUGGUACGCGCCAGAGAGUGUCAACCGGUGGCACUUCUCCUCUGCCUCUGACGUCUGGUCUUUCGCAGUCACCAUGCACGAGAUAUUCUCAUAUGGACAGCAACCUUAUGGAGAUCUAUCUUGGCAACAGGUGUUUGACCUGAUAGACGAAGGUCAGCGUCUCUCCCAGCCGGCUGGGUGCCCGGACGCCAUCUACCAGAUCAUGAUGUCCUGUUGGGAAUAUCAGCCGGCCGACCGACCCACCUUCGCCGAACUCACCAAUCUAUUCAUGUCGCCCCAAUUUCUAGCUGCAUUCUCAAUACCUGCCAAAGCAAUCACAGACCCUCUUUCUUCUACACACCCCGGCGGCGGAAAAAGUAUCCCGGGAUCGCCGGUUAAAAAAGUUACAAUAUGUGCCAAUAAACCAGAUACCACAAGCAAUGAAAAUGUGCAACAAAGCAGCCUUAAUAAUAAUAAUAGCAACAGUAGUCAGCUGCAAAUGACUGGUUCAGGAUACACGACUGGAAGUAGCAGUGGAUACGGUUCUCUAGUCAAGUAUGUCGAGACUUCUUCCAAGAUGGUCGAGGUGGAAGUUUACGAACCCCAAACCAGAGAAGCGAAGGUUGUUAAUAUUAGCGAGGAAGUCUCAAAUGGCAAUGAAAAGACAGAAAAAGAACCAACUGAUGCUAUCAAGCCCCCAGAUAAACUAGUAGUUAAAGACUCUAUGCUGAAAAUAAAGCGACCUUCAAAGAUUGUUUAGUCUCUCUUUAAUGUACACUUCUUCGUUAUUUAACUUAAACUUGACGCAACAAUUGUGAACUUAAAUUUAUGUUUCAGUAUGAGUAGAUAGAUCGAGUGAAUUUAGUUAGUUGCUCUGAGUUUUGAAUUGACACUCUUUCGCGUUUUA